GAAAAAUGCCUCCAAUAGAAAUUUUGGUGCAAGCUCCACAACAACCUAUAAAGGUUUCUGGACGUGAGGAAGAUUCAAUGAAUAAAGAACCUUCAAUGAGUGGUCAACAAAUUGUUGGGUUAAUUAUUCCACCUCCUGACAUUCGAACAAUUGUUGACAAAACUGCUCUUUUCGUUGCACGUAAUGGUGUUGAAUUUGAAAAUAAAAUUCGUGAAAGAGAAGCUUCAAAUAUACGUUUUAAUUUUCUUACACCUGUUGACCCGUACCAUGCUUACUACAAGAAUAAAGUGAAGGAAUUUGAGACGGGAGUUGCUUCUGCUGAAUUAUUAACCAAACUUAAAGUUCCUGAUGCUGUUCGUGAACAUAUACAAAAGGCUGAAUUUGUUCCAAAAAAUCCGCCAAAACCUUUUGAAUUUUGUGCUGAUCCAUCGACGAUAAACGCUUUUGAUUUGGAUCUUAUCCAACUUACCGCUCUAUUUGUUGCAAGAAAUGGACGUCAAUUUCUCACACAAUUAAUGAAUCGAGAGGUCCGCAAUUUUCAAUUUGACUUUUUAAAACCUCAACAUUCCAAUUUUCAAUAUUUUACAAAAUUAGUGGAGCAAUACACUAAAGUAAUAAUUCCACCAAGGAAUGUGUACGAUGAACUACGCAAUUCUGCUUCACACAAAAAAAUUUUGGAAGACGUUCGGUAUCGCGUUGGUUGGGAAAAAUUUCAGCGUGCAGUUAAAGACAGAGAAGAUGCUGAAGUUGAACAAGAAAGGAUGGCUUAUAAUCAAAUCGAUUGGCAUGAUUUUGUAGUUGUUCAAACAGUUGAUUUUCAACCUUCUGAAACUUUGAAUUUACCUUCCCUUUGUACUCCUCGAGAUGUUGGAGCUCGAAUUUUACUUCAACAACGAACUGAAGCGGCUAAAGCUGCAGCUGAAAGUGUUGCAAUGGAUAUGGAUGAAUCAGAUUCUGAAGAUGAAGAAGAGAAAAAGAAGCAGAAAAAUAGAGAAGAUUUUGAUGAUAUACAACAUCAAGUUGAUGGGAUGGAUAUUACUGAGAAGCAACAUGCUGGCUCUACUGUUACUCAACCAACACCAGCAGCACCUAUUGCUGGGAAUGUUGUAAUUCGUGAUUAUGAUCCUAAAAAGGCCCGUUCCGGCAUAGUGGCCAAAGGACAAAAUGAAAAAUUCAUCAUUUCACCUUUAACAAAUGAACGCAUUCCUGCUGAUAAACUUCAUGAGCAUGUGCGGUACAAUACCGUUGACCCUCAAUUUAAGGAACAGAGAGACAGAGAGCAAAUGGAACGACAAGAUGAGGAUCCGAUCACAGCAUCUGGCACAGAAAUCUCACGAAACAUUGCAAAAUUAGCAGAGCGACGUACUGAUAUUUUCGGUAUUGGAGAAAAGGGAGUAGAACAAACGAUAAUUGGAAAGAAAUUGGGUGAAGAGGAACGUCAAUUGCCUCGUUCUGACCCUAAAACAAUUUGGGACGGCCAACAAGCUACAAUCGAUGCCACAACGCGAGCGGCUCAACAAGCUGUCUCUCUUGAACAGCAAAUAACAGAAAUUCAACGCCAACAUGGUUAUUUACCAAAUCCAGCUGCUGAUCGUUUUGCGCCAAGUACACCAAGUACAACUGCAUCAGCAACAACAGCUUCGACCACCACUCCAAUGCCACCACCGGCAACAACAUCUGUGCCAACUCCACUUCCACCCCGCCCUCCACACUUGCAACCACCAAUUGUCUCAAAUGUUGCCAAAAUUAUACCUGGCAUUCCACCACAACAACAAAUGCGCAUGCCACGCAUGCCAUUACCUGGGAUGCCUCCUCCACCACACAUGCUUCCAAUGGGCAUGCAAAUGCCUGGACUUCCUCCACACAUGGCAAUGGCCCAUCACCCGCAAGGGGGGUUUAUGCCUCCUCCACCCCCACCUGAUGAAAGUGGAGCUUCUGCCGCAAAGAAAUUCCGCGUAGAUGAUGCUUUGGAACCAGAAGAGCUUUGGCUUCAAAAAGUUUCCGGCCAAAUAACUGUAAAGCUGAGCACACCACAGACAGAUGAAUGGAAUCUUAAAGGACAAACAUUUACAAUACAAUUGGAGAUUACUUCAACUGUAAGCGCACUCAAAUCGCUAAUACAGGAACAAACGACUGUACCCGCAUCAAAGGCCAAGCUUGUUUAUCAGAAUACAUUCCUCAAAGAUAAUUUUACUUUGGCCUAUUAUAAUUUUGUGAAUGAAGCAAAUGUUCAGUUAAUGUUGAAAGAGCGUGGUGGGAAGAAAAAAUAGAAACUAUACUCGGAAGGGGUUUGACCGAUAAUUUAAUUUUUAAAAUCAAAUAUUCAAUUU